CGUGCGGGUCCCUUCCCUGCCUAUCCGGUGAAUCCCGGCCCGAGAGGAAGAGGAGGGGUGGGGGCGGGAGCCGCGGCUUCGCAGGGGGCCGGGAGGGAGCCCGUGCCCUUCUUCAUGGCGAGGCCGGGGAAGAGCAGGCUCCCGAGGAGGGAAGCCGGGAGCUGACUCAGCGGAGCAGUCCAGCAUGUUUUCCCGGGAGCACGGCUUCCCUGCCGGAGCCAGCGGAGGGAGGUCUGAGGAGGCAGUGCAGGAUUUUAGUGAUGUUAUAGACUCUCCCACUGAAGGCUUUCCAUGUGUCCUCACUCCUGCUAUCCCCAACAAGACUGUGGACUUGUUUGAGAUGAUUGAAAAAAUGCAGGGGAGUCGUCUGGAUGAACAAAGAUGUUCCCUUCCAGCUCCUCUCAAGACAGAAGAGGAGUAUAUUCCUUAUCCCAGCAUCCAUGAGGUAUUACAGAAAGGAUGGCCAUAUCCUCUCAUAAUCCUACCCCAGUUUGGGGGCUACUGGAUUGAAGGGACCAGCCACAACCUCUCCAGCUUGAGCCCAACUCUGUCUGAUGUACCCUUUUCCUGGAGUGGGAAAGUGAAGCUGGAAAGUGACCCUACAGCCAAGCUGUACCGCAAACAUUUUCUGGGGAAGGAGCACCAGAACUUUUACUCCAGUGACAUGUCCUUGGGCUACCUAGUACUUUCUGUGAAGUAUGAACAGAUUGAGAAACAGGAGAAUCUGCGCCUGUUGCUGAGGACUCGUACUGGCACCAAACAUGAUCUAAUUCCCAUUUCCUGUCUGAAUGAGUUUCCCAAUGCUGUUCAGAUGGCAAAGCUACUGUGUGAGGAUGUGAAUGUUGAACGCUUCUUUCCUGUCCUCUAUCCCAAGGCCUCGCAGCUUAUUGUUGCAUUUGAUGAACAUGUCAUAAGCAAUAACUUCAAAUUUGGGGUCAUCUACCAAAAACCUGGACAGACAACUGAAGAGGAAGUCUUCAGUAACACAGUAGAGAGUCAGGGUUUCCUGGAGUUCCUGGAUUUCCUUGGUGACAAGAUUCAGCUGCAGGAUUUCCGUGGGUUCCGGGGAGGCUUGGAUGUUACCAGAGGUCAAACAGGCACUGAGUCAGUCUAUACAAAUUUCCGGGGGAAGGAGAUCAUGUUUCACGUGUCCACAAAGCUGCCCUUCACAGAGGGAGAUUCCCAGCAGCUUCAGCGGAAGCGUCACAUUGGGAAUGAUAUUGUAGCCAUCAUUUUCCAGGAUGAAAGCACACCUUUUGUCCCUGAUAUGAUUGCUUCUAAUUUCCUACAUGCUUAUGUGGUAGUUCAGCUCACUCAUAACGCCACUGGGGACACUCUCUACAAGGUUUCAGUCACAGCCCGAGAUGAUGUCCCCUUCUUUGGACCACCUCUGCCAAAUCCAGCUGUAUUUAGAAAGAGUGCAGAGUUUCGUGAAUUCCUUCUGGCCAAGCUCAUCAACGCCGAGUACAGCUGCUAUCGAGCUGAGAAAUUUGCCAAAUUAGAGGAAAGAACACGGAGUGCGCUCUUGGAGAGCCUUUUUGAGGAGCUGCAGCUUCGCAGCCGCAGCAUGAUGGGGUUACCUGUCGGGGAGGAUGACAAGAUAGAGAAUGGCAGUGGGGGCUUCCUUGAGAACUUCAAGCGGGUGAUCAGAGGCCGCAGCCAGAGCCUGGAUACCAUGGGGAUAUCCAUGAGAAAGCAGCAGCCAGCCACCCUGCCCAGCCGCCCAGCUACAGCUGGCCUUGCCCUCAGCCAGAGUGUCGCCGAGGGCCCUAAGGCCAUUGCUGCGUCUUUUGCCUUGCCUGGUAGGAGCCCAUCACGUACUCGAGCCAGCCGCUUCCACGGGCGACGGAGUAGUGCCAUUGGCAUUGAAAACAUACAGGAGGAAAAGAGAGACACCACAGAGAGGAUACAGAGGGUGUUGGACAGUCCAGGAGCUUUCUUUGACCUGAAGUCUGAUGGAUCAUCCAGUCCCAGUUCUCCAGAGUUCCCCAGCAGGAAGAACAAUUUGCUCUGGAGUGAUUUUGGAGCUUCAUGGAGAAGCUUGGACAAGGGUAUGUUGGGAUGUUGGGUUGUACUCAAGUUCUGCCCCUUCAAGCAGGAUUCAUGCCGCUGCUCCCAACCAGCGUGAACUAACCUGUCUCCAGUCUCCCCAAAGUGUUACAGCAGGAUUCCAGCACGGUCCCAUGUGUUGCACCCAUGUUUCAUUGCUAAAGCACGCCAUACCACACCCAGUGGUAUGUGCAAAACCCUUCAUGCAGUAGUCUGCAAAUUAAUUCUCCAGUUUCUGGUUGUCAAAAACUGGAAGAAUGCAAUUUCCUGGUGGCGGAGCUUUGCUGCUGCUAAGCUGUAUUAUACUGGGAUGUGAUCCUACCUAGAACACUUCAGGGAAAUCACCCAUUUACAUUUCCAAGACUCCAGAACAGCCUCUCUCUAAAUCAAAGGCCGCAGCUGACUUUCUGGAACAUUUUGCCACACCUAACUUUUUUCAAGAAAACAUGGAUGGGACCUGUGGCAAGAAAGGUAGCAAGUACUUUUUAUUAAGGCAUUUCCCUUUCUCAAGACUGUGGAGACUCUUAAGAAAAUUUCAGGAGGUGCCCUAGAACCAGGCAUCUAUGGUUAUAGUUGCUUCAGGUGCCAAAUUUGACAAAGGAGGGGCCUCCCUUCCAACUACACCCAAUGCUCCCUAAGAAUUACAAGCUGGUGACAAGUCACAAGCUGGUGACUAUCUGCAGUAGUUCAGCUACCCAGUUGUAUGCUGUAGGACUGUGCUCAGAAUUUUGUCACAGCCUAGGUGCAGUGUUCUGGCAUGUUUUUGUGUAUGUACUAGUUUUUGGGUUGGAUGAGAGCCCAGAAUUUUGGUGUGGAGGAGGAUAGGAGCACAUCUAGGAGAUACAAACCAUUUAAGGUGCUAGCUCUGGCAACUAAGGACUAGAGGGAAUGCAGGACAUGGAACUGCUGAUUUGUCAGCACCCCCCAUCUUCCAGCAUUACCCCAUCAUUCCACCUUCCCUUCCUCAUCCUGCCUGGGACCCUGUUAGUGAACUAGAAGUUCCUGACAGUUGUGGUGAGGGACUCUUGCUGUGAUUAGAUAGCUGAUUACCUUGCAUAAUCACCAGGAAUUCUGCUUCCCCCACUUCCCAACCUCCAUUCUCCAUCAGCUAAGGAGGUGAGCCAGCUGCAAUGGCUGUUUCAAGUUGGUAUCCACAUGCUUUCAGAGAGCAAAUAUAGCAUGGGAUUUUACUAACAAUACUUGCAUGAAUAUUGUUUAUGCCCAUUAGGCAUGACCUGUAUGAUUUGUCAGUCUGUCUAGUUCUGUUCCCAGGAUUCUUUUUUCCAGUCAUGGACUCAAAACCACUUAGGAUUACAAGAAAAAAGAAGUAUUUUCAUAUCUGUGGUGGUUUAGCCCAUUCCUGGACAGUUCAUUUACAAGGUGGGAUGCAGCAUGGAGUUUUACACAAUUAGUGAUUAGUCAGAGUUGUGAUCUCAGAGUUAGGGACUAGCCCAUGUGCAGCCAUACUUUUUGCAUGACACUGGGGACAGGGAAUGAAGAAUAUGUAAUUCCACCAUGUAGAGUACACCAUUUUCAGCAAGGCAGUAUUAGGACAAUAUUGCAGGAAAAGGCUGGGAGUGUAAAGUGUCUUGGAGACAGUUGACUGGCAUUCUGCUGAAAUAGCCUACCUGUUGCUCAUCAGCUGUGAAACCAGGAUCAAGAUGCAGGCAUACUUCCAAUGCAAAAGAGUUCUGCCUCAUUCUAGAAUAAUUUAUGUAGCCCCUAUUAGAUAACAGAAGGGGCUGUCCCUGGUAGUAUGUCAUCAGUCCACUCCUGGUACUCUUUAUAGAGUCACAAGAAAUUUCUGUUACCUCAGAAAUGUCCAGCAUGGUGCUACUGGUGUUACAUAAUCAUUUCAGAUUCAAAACUUGGAAUGAUCAACCUCUUCACCUGUGUUCUACUAAAACCAACCUGGAAAUAAAUGCAAAGGGAACACAUAAGUAAUAGAUUAAUUAUUUUACAGUAGAGGCAAAGCAGCACUUACUUUCUGUCCUCACUGAGUUUAACACACGUUUAUGCAGUGAUCAGCCAGCAACCCAUGAAACUGCAUUGUUUACUUGAGCUAACAGUGUCUUCUCUCCCACAUACAGGGACAAUUGUCCUUAGUUUCUCUGCUUUACUGUCCAGGUAGCCUUCCAAAUAAUCCUUCCUCCCAAGGGACAGACUCAAAAGAAUGAACUCAGCCUAUGUAACCAAGUAGUAGAACUCCUGAGGAUCAGACGACUCUCUGGGUUGCAUCUGAAAAAUCAAGCACUGUACUGUGUAUGUCCAUAUCCUAGGAAAAGUACAUGGGUUUUUUGUAUGUGUGUUUUCCCU